UAUUUACGGUAGAUCCCUCCGCCAUACGGAAGAAAGGUUCCAGCUAGCAAGAAAUGCACAGGGAUGUCCAAAUUUUUCUAGUGCAUCGAUCCUUGCAAUUUGUAAGAAAUCAUUGCGAUAAAGGACAUUUUUAUUAGUAUUUUUUGUCACAUAUUACCCUGUAUGGAUUAACAUGGCGUGCAUUCCCUUCCAAACCCAAUUAUCCUCAAUAAUGGAGGUUUUGGUUAAAGCAGCAGUGGCAGAGAUAUCAAAACUAGUCGAUGACAAAUGUGCGUUUUUGCAUCUUGAAAUAUCCCGAAAGCAAAGCGAGAAUGAGAUGCUGCAGAGGAAAUUACUAAUGAUGGAGAAUAAACACGCACAGCUGCAGCGAGGGUUUGAAAACUACAUGGACAGAGGAACUGAUGUGGGCAACUGUCCACAUCCCACAGGAGAUAUUAAGUUUCCAGAGAUUGAAGAUGCGACUGUAUCGUUCACAAUUAAAGAAGAGAGUCCAGACGAGGCGCUGUGGAUCAGUGAUUCUGCUGAACUAAUUGGUUCUGCUGUACAGUACCCUAAUCCAGCUAAUGCUCCAGAGAGUCAGCAGCUCGAAGAAGACCGUCAGUUAACCCAUCCAGAGGUUGUGAGACAGAAGACUUCAGAGUUCAGUGACUUGUACAACUCAAGUCAUCAUGCAGGAGAGAUCAGUGGCCUUCACUUGACUGUCAAGACAGAGAAGGAGGAGAAUCGAUCAGGAUUCAGUCAGGACAGAUGCCAGCACGGUGCGGGGAAGCAGAAUCAACUUCCUGCAGACUUUUCCCUGGAUGAAAGGGAGAAUCAGCUCUGGUCAUCCAUAAUUGAAGGUAACGACAUUGACUCUGGUUUUCCUGACUUUUCCAGUGUAGUAGAGGAGUAUUCCAACACAUUCCCGGACCACUCGGAUACCCACGUCGUUUCUAACACUGGCAAGUCAGCUAAUGUCCAGCAGUCGUCCUCUCAGAGGCCGUGUAAUGGGAUAUACAACAGUGAGUAUCAGAAGGAUCCGCAGUCGUCCAAUUUUCAGCUCAGACCUCAGGUUGCCGUUUCACAGCAAGACAGACAGAAGGAACAAAAUUACUCGCAGAGAAACGCCUCACAUGUUGCACAUUUAAGGCAGCCAGAUGAUCACCCCGAGAGGGAGAUUGCGGCCACGGAUAGACAGGUGGUAUCGCACUCGCACAACGCUCUCACACAGGGCAGCUACCACCCUCACACCCCCCACAAACCUCUCUCCGGCGCGGCGCGGGGCUAUGUUUGCUCGCAGUGCGGAAAGACGUUCGCCCGCCUCCACCAAUUCAAGCUGCACCAGCAGAGCCACAAGAGAAAGAGGGCGUUCUGGUGCACGGUGUGUGGGAAGAGUUUCCAGUGUUCUUCCCAUCUCAGCAUACACCACCGGACCCACACGGGCGAGAAGCCGUACGGUUGCGGACAGUGCGGGAAGAGGUUCACGCAGCAGAGCAGCCUGAGGGUCCACCAGCGCACACACAGCGGGGAACGACCCUACAGCUGCGCCCAGUGCGGGAAAACCUUCAUCCUGAUGCACCAUUUGAAACGGCACAGAAUCAUCCACACGUACAGCUGAGGCGCAGGAGCGUGGAGCGAUGUCACUCAGGUGAAAGGACUCGAAUGACCUUCAAAGCCAAAUCACAAAGCCAGUGAGUGGCAGCUCUUUUGUUUUUCGUUGGGACUCGAGAUUGUGGCAUUGCUCACAGACUUUGUAUCUUAAUGUAUAUUUUACUAUGCAAAAUCCAUCGGGAUGGAUUUUAAAACGUUUGCUUCUUUUUUUAAAAAAAAAUACUUUUAACGUCUUAUUACAACAUAAAUUUAAAUCAUGUAAACAGAUUUCCCACAAGUCAGUGUUUGCAAGACACCAACACACUUCUAAAGCUAGAAAUCCAAAAAAAAAACAAGGCCUAAAAGGUGGUGUAAUCAAACAAAAACCCUGCAGCUUUCCUGUUAGUUACCUGCAUACUGACCUUCACUUCUAAACUCAGUUUCUUUGAGUCUCUCUUGUAGAAAUGAGCUGUACAUCAUCUCAGCACUGAAACCCCAUAAACUCUCCCCUUUACAGCCGCAUUCUCCAUGAAGUGGAUUUCCCAUUCAAAGCCAGUGGAGGACCUCUCAGGUUUUAUGUUUUGAUGUCAACAAUGGUAGAAACCUGCUUGAUUAUUGUUUUGAGUUGGAUUUUCCCAUAAAAUUUCUCCCCACAA